AUGGCACCCCUCGGCGUCAACUUCGCCUGCGCCCUCUACGACCGCAUGGUGCCCCUGGCCACGGGCGAGGUCCCCACGCCGGGGCUCGACGUCAACUUCAUCGAGGUCCAGCACCCGCGCGACAUCUUCGACCGCAUGGUCGCCCACAAGGAAUUCGACGUCUCGGAGCUGUCCGCGUCCGAGUACAUUACGCGGCACGUCGCCGGCGACCGCAGCUUCGUCGCCAUUCCCGUCUUCGCGUCGCGCGUCUUCCGGCACUCGUUCAUCUGCGUCAACACAAACAUCAUCAAGAAACCAGAGGACCUCAACGGGAAGCGCAUCGGCGUGCAGCUGUACCACAUGACGGCCGCCGUGUACAUCCGCGGCAUCCUGCAGCACGAGUACGGGGUCGACCUGUCGAGCAUCGAAUGGGUCGAGGGCAAGAUGGAGACGCCCGGGUCGCACGGCCAGCCGUCGGUGCUGCCGCUGCUGAAGCCGGUCAAGAUCACGCGCAACGCGGACCCGACCAAGUCCCUCUCGGACCUGCUCGAGAGCGGCGAGGUCGCGGCGACGAUUGGCGCAGACAUACCCGAGUGCCUGGGGCGGGCGCCGCACGUGCAGCGGCUGUUCCCCAACUUCAAGGACGUGGAGAGCGAGUACUUCAAGCGGACGGGCAUCUUCCCCAUCAUGCACCUGGUGGCCUUCCGGCGCGAGUUCUACGAGGCCAACCGCUUCGUGGCGUCGGCGCUGUUCAACGCGCUCGAGGACAGCAAGGAGAUUGCGCGCAAGAGGAUGCAGUCGCUCGGGGCGCUGCGGUACAUGCUGCCGUGGCUGGGGCGCGAUCUCGACGAGAUCAGGGAGACGUUUGGCGGCGACUGCUGGCCGUAUGGCGUGGAGGAGAACCGCAGGACGCUGGAGGCGCUGGUGCGGUUUUUGCAUGAGCAGAACAUGAUUGAGCGGACGGUGCCGGUUGAGGAGCUGUUUGCGCCUGUGCGGCGGAUCAAUUUUCGGAUUGGAUAG